AUGGGGAAGCGGAAAAGAGAAAACGCCGUCGCUUCUCAGCUCUCCAGAAUCGCCGACAACGAAUGGACCCCCAAUGCGGAAGAGCUCUCCGAACUCGUCGCUCUUCUUUCCGACGCAAAAGACGAUGUUCGUGCCCGAACAUCUGUGAAGUAUGCGAAAAUUGACGUUUUCAGGAGGAAAUCCAGCAGAAAAUAAAGAAUGUCGAUUUUAAAGUGCUCACGAACCUCCUAACGAUGUACCGUGCGACGUGCUGUGACAUCGACACGAACAUCUUCUCCGUGCUCCAAUUUCUCGAGAAGUACGGCACGGAUCUCGCCGAUUUGCAGCCGUUGGUGUUCGGAGAAGAGGCCAGGAAGAACUACGAGAAUCUGAGGAAGAUGGGACUCGAUUUGCACGUCAGAAUCACUCCGGACGACGUAAGUAAACGGGCGGUGGGGAGGACAUUAAUUGAGUCCAUGCAUACUGGACUAUUUGAGAUUUAUUGAUUGGUUUCAGGCAAUCAAGACGUUCUUCGACGCAGCGACCCUCUGGAACACUGCCAAAUAUCACGUUCGUCCCGUGAGUUUAUAGAUUUCAAGAGGAACCCAUAAAAUUCCGUUUUUUCUAGGUGACAGAAGACAACUCGGAGAAGAUCUACGAUGUUCGUUUCGUGCUCCGAUUCUUCCAUUCCAUUCUCUACCCGGCCUCUUCGUUAUCAUCCAAAUUGUUCGUCGAACACAACUGCCUCGCCCUCCUUUUCUCGUGCACUUCCUCCUCGGAUGCGGCGGUUCGGACCCUGGCAUUCGCGUGCCUCCAGAAGUUUGUCAGUCAUUUGCAAGAGCUGAACACGGAGGUUUUCAUCGAGAAAUCGCUCAUUCUCUACCUCAUUCGACUCUUCAAACAUAGCUUUGAUUCUACGGUGCCGCGCAUCUCGAGCAGUCAGUUUCUCAAUGCGAUUUUCUUUAUUUUUUAAAUGAUAUUAUUCCAGUCAUCACCCAUUUCUUCGCCCGAGUUUCCAAACUCAUGCUCAAUCCCUCGCACGACGUCUUCCCUCAGAUCAUGGCAUUUCUCUGCAUGAAACCCAUCUUUGACAUUCAGAAUGUACGAAAAGAAGAGAAGAAGUAUAAAUAAUCACAGUUCUUUUCAGGUUCCCGAAUUCUAUAAGCUGCUCUUCUCCUCUUCGCCCGAACACCACAACGAAGAAAGAACAUGGAUUCUGACGCUGAUUUCCGAGGCGAUGCUCGAGCCGAUCGAUUACCAAGUGCUGCAGAACAGAGCCGGAAUCAAACUGCUCCUCAGCUCAUUCUCAAGCGUUUGGCUCGACCGAAAAUGCCGUUCUCUGAUCCUUCGAACUCUCCAGAAUGCGAUUCAGAUGCCGUCGGUGGCUCACGAUCUUUUCACGCGGGAAGGACUGCACAUCUGGAUUGCAUCGAUUAUUCACGUGAGUACUCUCAGCUUAUUUUUCACCUUGAAGUUCUCUCUGCAGAGUGGUCGAUUCAAUCGAUGGGAGAAAAACUAUCUGGCACAAAUAUUCGGAAGUCUUCUGGAGAACGAGAGGAAGUAUCAGCGGAGCGAGAAAGGAAAGGAACAGGCGUGCAAGACUGCCACUGCCGCCGCCCGAAUCUGCAGCAAAAAGAUUCUGACGGUGCUGGAGAGGAUCUCGAAGGACACGCAGUUUACUGGAGAACAGGAGAAAGCCUUGGCCACGAUUGGAAGGAUCGAAAAUGCGAUCGGAAAGAAAUGGAAGAGGAAGAAAAAGUUCGAUGGAGACAAAGUGUGA